AUGGCUUCCUUAAUCAUAGGCCGUACUAGAAAGUUACAUGACGAAGAACUCGCUUCGUUUCAGGAUAUACCAUUAACGGCGACCAACUCGAUAUCAUCCGAUGAUGGUGAUAUUGAUGAUAAGGCUUUAGUAAAGCCGCCGCCGCCGCCGCCUUCCGAGAAGACGAUACCCGUUGACCCUCAACCAAGGGUGACAACACCUCUUGAAGUGAACUCGGGGGAUUCGUUCCUCGUCGGUUGGGAUGGACCAAAUGAUCCAGAGAAUCCACUAAACUGGUCUCGACCCAAGCGGUGGUACUUGACGAUUCUGAGUUCCAUUCUCGUAUGGAACGCCACUUUUGCGUCAUCCUCACCUAGCGGGAUCAUCCCUCAAAUGGAAAAGACACUCGGAUUUUCCACUCAAGAAGUCGGAACGUUAACCAUCUCUCUUUUCGUCGCUGGUUAUUGCGUAGGUCCUCUCUCUGGGGUCCAUUAUCGGAAGUUUGGAUGUGCUCUUUCGAACGAUACGGUUUCGAUUCUUGUGUUUCGAUUUUUGAGUGGUUGCUUUGCGGCUUCGCCGUUGACCCUUUCGGGUGCUCUGAUCGGUGAUAUUUGGGAUCCUGUGACUAGGGGUAAUGCCCUUUCGUUGUUUGUCGUCGGACCGUUUGCUGGACCUGCACUUGGACCUGCUAUUGGUGGAUUUAUCGCUAUGGUUUUCUGGACAUGUACGAUCUUCGCUGGAGUUCUCACCAUCUUGGUCAUCUUUACCCUCGAUGAAACGUACCAUCCUGUCAUCCUUCAGCGCAAGGCCGCUCGUAGACGCAUGGAGACGGGCGAUGAGCGUUGGAUGGCGCCAAACGAUCGCAAGAUCACCUUUGGUGAGCGUGCGAAGAACAUUCUUGCCAAGCCGUGGAAGGUACUGUUUCGCGAACCCAUGUUGUUGGCUAUCACGUUGGACAUGAGCUUCGUAUAUGGAUGUUUGUACCUCUUUUUCGAAGAGUACCCCGUCGUUUUCGGCCGGGAAGGACACGGUUUCAACGCCGGUAUCUCCGGACUCAUGUUCCUCCCACUCUUCGUCGGCUGCCUCCUCGCUGUGUUGCAAUACGUUUUCUGGGUCAACCCACGUUACGCCGUUAGGAGAGAGGUGUGCGCACCAAAACCUGUUCCACCUGAAGAACGACUUCCGAUGGCGGUCGUGGGGGGUGUUCUUUUCACCGUUGGAUUCUUUUGGUUUGGGUGGACGAGUUAUCCGUCUUUUAGUUAUUGGUCACCUAUGCUUGCUGGCGGACUGUUCGGCAUUUCGAUAACACUCAUCUUCCUUUCACUAUUCAACUACAUCUUCGAUACGUACCUGGCCGUUUCCGCAUCGGCGCUGGCAGCCAACACCGUUUGUCGAUCGCUCUUCGGUGCAAGCUUCCCAUUGUUCGCACGACAGAUGCUCGAGAAGCUUCAUCCGAGAUGGACGUCCACGCUGUUGGGUUGUAUUUCGUUGUUGUUCGUUCCCGUUCCUGUGUUGUUCAUCAAGUAUGGGCCCGUGCUUAGGGCGAAGAGCAAGUAUUCGCCAACGGUGGCAUGA